UAGAACUCAAACGCUGGCAAAUAGAAGAAGAGGUAUCGGCAGUCGCCGUGUGAUGACGUACGUACUUGAAAAUGGAGAGAAAACACAUGUCAGCUUUUGCUUUGUAUCAGUCGAUUUCAACCGACUUUUCUCCUCCUGCCAAGAGGGCUUCGCUGCAGGUGGCCGACAAGAAGAAAAAGAAAAAGGAGAAUGGGGCCAGUAAGGUCAACACAGUUAAAGCUCAGUUAAAGACUGAGCGGAAGAAAACCCGAAAGAGGCUCAUAAAGACUGCACACAGAGAGGAGAACCUUAAGGGAAAUGCACCAAAUGAGGAAGAGGAGGAGUGUGUAAAUGGAGACGGCGAGGAUCUAGAUGCUUUGUUGGCCGACCUGGCAAAAGUCAACAACAGCAGGGAGAGAGCGAGCAGGUUGUUCCAGUGGCUCAUCAGCCCCAUUCCUGCCAAAUCCUUCUUCAAGGAAACAUGGGAGAAGAAGCCAAUCCUUGUUCAACGUAAUAAUCCAGAUUACUACAAGGGACUAUUCUCCACAGCGGAGUUUGAUCGCAUAUUAAGACAGGAGAACGUUCAGUUUGGAGUGAACCUGGAUGUCACAAGCUACACUAAUGGCAUGAGGGAGACGCACAAUCCUCCAGGGAGAGCUCUGCCGUUCACUGUGUGGGACUUCUAUGAGAGUGGCUGCUCCCUCCGCAUGCUGAAUCCCCAGGCUUUCUCUUCUACAGUGUGGAACGUACUGUCCAUCCUUCAAGAGCAGUUUGGCAGCAUGGCAGGAGCCAACAUAUACCUGACACCACCUGGAACACAAGGCUUUGCCCCACAUUAUGACGAUAUUGAGGCAUUUGUGGUACAGCUGGAGGGGAAGAAACACUGGAGAGUGUACAACCCAAGGACGGAAGAUGAGGUCUUACCUGUGCUUUCAAGUCCAAACUUUAAUCAGGCAGAAAUUGGAAAGCCGAUCCUGGAGGUGGUGCUAGAAGCUGGGGACCUCCUCUACUUCCCUCGAGGAUUCAUCCACCAGGGCGACUGCCUCCCAGAUGCUCAUUCCCUCCACAUCACCAUCUCCUCUUACCAGAAGAACAGCUGGGGGGAUCUGCUACAGAGGGUGAUCCCUGCUGCACUGGAAAUAGCAAUGGAGGAGGAUGUGGAAUUCAGACAUGGUUUGCCUCUUGACUACCUUACAUUCAUGGGAGUACAGAACUCAGACAAGGAUGACCCACGCAGGACAAAAUUCUUCUCACAAAUUGACAGCCUGAUGAAGAAGCUAACAAAUUACGCUCCGGUUGAUGCUGCUGUGGAUCAGAAAGCCAGAGACUUCCUCCAUGACUGCCUUCCUCCCAUGCUCACACCAGAGGAAUUGGGCAGCAGUGUGAGAGGAGCACGGACGAGGUGGGAGCGUGGCCAAGUUAAGGACGUAGGUGCACACAUCACUGCGCAGACCCGAGUCAGAGUUUUACGUGCUGGAUGUGCCAGGUUAUGCAGUGAUGGAGAAGCUGUGCAUCUUUACUACACCACAGAAAACUCCAGAGUUUACCACAAAGAGGAGCUCAAGAGUUUUGAAAUAAACACAGAGCACAUAGAUGCCAUUGAGUUUCUGAUCCAUUCAUAUCCCAAAUUUGUGACAGUAGGAAGUUUCCCAUGUGAUUCUACAGAGGACAGGAUCGCUUUGGCUGAGCUGCUUUUUGAGAGGGGGAUUAUCCACACUGCAGAACCUCUGUAGUGGCCACACUCUUCAGUCAUGCUGACUGCAUGAACAGAUUCAAAUUUACUUUGUUAAAAUAAGAUCCUUCAUGCAAAAGACUUCUCGUCCCAAGUACGGUAGUCUUCACCAGCUUUACUGGAAUUGUCAUGCUGCACAACCUGUUUAUGAAUGUGCUCUCUGUUCAGCAUCAAAUAAACCUUUUUUUUUUUCUUUUUACAAGAAA